UAAAAAAAAUGUCACUCGUCUCUAGAAUUGAAACUGUCUCUUACACUCGCAUUCGCGCAGAAGCAGAUAGACGUAAAGCAGCAGAUAUGGACUUAUGGUUGGAAUGCAGACAAGAUGAUCCAACGAUCACCCUGGAAGAGGUGAAGGCACUUAUCGGUCGAUACCACAAUCAGGACGUCAUCUUGCCUGAAAGACCCCGCGGCAUCAGCAAGUACAAUGUCUACUGCCAGCAAGAAAAGGAAAAGAUUCUUGGUGGAGAAUCUGGGUCAACUUAUUUAACCCCCAAGAUUCUUUCUGAGGGGUAUCAGAAACUCCGUAAAAUUUGGGAAACUUUAACGGGUUUUCUCAAAGCCUUGUACCGGUUUCAUGGCACAGAGUUUAUAGGAAUUUUUGGGAAAAAGAAAACCUGGAACGAUGUUUGUUAUGGAGAGAACGUUCGUGGAAUGGACUUGGGACGAUGGAAAAAAGAAGUGAGACUGUACGUCAAUCCCAAGUCCCGUGGUAACGAUAUCUAUAUAUAAAAGCAAAAAUAGCAAUUACUACUAAUUUCCAAACUUAUGUUUAGCCACUCCCCACACUAGUGAAAUAUUGCACAGCCAAAGAGUUUCUGGUGUGAAGGAAUCCCUCAGGAACUCAAUCAGUAAGAUCAUAACCAAUAGAAAAUGAUCCUUGCCUAAUCCUAUUAUGUAGAUCGCCAAUGCGAAACCGUGUAUGAAAAAAUACCUUGGAAGCAAUUGGUGAAGUUUGAGGACCUGGGGGCAACAGUUCUCACAAGCCAAAAUAUUGUAGUCGAGAAUUGGCCGUUGCCGGAUUUUGUCCAUAAGAAAUUUAUGGCAAAGGACAAUUUCAAAAUGGUGGAGAACAGUUUAAACGAUCUUAAGUUUAAACUGUCUCGCCAUUACACUAGGGCGAAUUCUAUUGAAACCAACAAUGAUU